UACUCAUUAUCAAGAUCAAAACAAUUACUCUCUAUAAGUACUUAUACUUAUAGAGACUAAUAUCGAAAAAUUAUUUUUUAGAUAAAAGAGAAAAAAACGUAUAGAGUUGACAAAAAGAAAAGGAGAGAAGUGUAUAAAGAAAAGAAAAGAAAAGAGUAGGAUGACAUAUGGGAAUUGGAAAUUGGGGAGUACCUUUGACUCUCUGCCUUUAAACCUUUCUUCCUCUGUUCUCAACAUUCUUCUUCUUCUUCUUCUUCUUCUUCUUCUUCCCCCUCCUUCCACUUUCUCUUUCCCAUCAACAAUUUACAGUUCAUCGCCAUGGUCAGGCCGCACGAUCUCUUCAUCAAUGUUCCCACUCACUUCCUUUGCCCAAUUUCUCUCGACCUCAUGCAAUCUCCCGUCACUUUAACCACCGGCAUCACCUACGACCGCUCCAGCAUCCAGCACUGGCUCGACUCCGGCCAUAAUACUUGCCCUGCCACCAUGCAGGUCCUCCACAACUACGACCUCGUUCCCAAUUCUAGUCUCAAGCGACUCAUUCAGAUUUGGUCCGAUUCUCUUCUCGACCUCUCCCAAUCGGAUCAUAUUCUAACCCUCGUCGACGAUUUGCACACAAACCGAAAUGGCUCUGUUUCUCUUUCUGUAUCUGCUUCUCUCUCGAAGCUACUCUGUUUCGGUGCACGAUUGGAGCAGAACGUCAAGUUUCUCGGGAGGAUUCACGGCUUUGUACCGGUGCUUCUCGAUGUUCUUCGUUGUAGAGAUGUUGAUUGUUCGGAACUGGUGGUUAGGGUUUUGGAUUUAGUGAGAUGCGAAAUUGUGGAUCGGGAGGAGUUUAUGAACAUGAUGUUGAAAAGCGAUCGCGAUUGUUUGAGAUCUCUGGUUCUCGUUCUACAGCGAGGAAGUUCGGAAUCGCGAAUUGGAACGGCGAGGCUUCUCGAGUGCGUCGCCAUUAACGCCGAGUCAAAGAACCUAAUCGCGGAAAACGAAGGGAUUCUACACGAAUUGAUAGGAGUAAUCGGAAUAGACGAAGAUCCAAAAGUAAUCGAAUCGGUACUCUCAUGCUUAAUCGCAAUAUCAAUGCCGAAACGAGUAAAAAUCAAGUUGGUUCGACUAGGGGUAAUAAAAGCCCUAACCAGACUGCUGAAGCACCGGAACGUGAGCGUGGAAAUAACGGAGAAGGUUCUGAGACUGUUGGCGGCGGCGGCGGCGGUGGAGGAAGGGCGGUCGGAGAUGUUGGAGAACGGAGGAGAAUGCGUGGGGAGGAUGGUGAGGAAAGUGAUGAAGGUGUCGAGUGCGGCGACGGAGCACGCGGUGACCGCGCUGUGGUGCAUAUGCUAUUUGUUCCGGGAAGAGAAGGCGGCGGAGGCGGUGGCGGAGGCGAAAGGGGUUGAGAAUAUACUGUUGCUGAUGCAAAGCCACUGCCCGGCGACGGUCAGGCAAAUGGCGAAAGAUCUUCUAGAGAUUUUGAAGGUUAAUUCCAUCUCCUAUUGCUUAUCAAUUUAUGAUACUGCCAAUUUUUACAUUAUGCCCAUUUGAAUUUAAGUCUAAAUUAUAAUCAUUAACUAACACUUAUCAUUACGCUGUUAAUUAAUUAAUUAAUUAAUUAAUCCAACACUUUGUGCUAAAUUGUUCAUAUAAAAACGUAGAGAGGCUGAAGAAAGUGAUGUGAUUCAAAGGGUUGAUUUGUAAAUUUUAAUAUCAUUUUUUUCAAGUGAAUAAAAAGUUGGGAUUCAUUUUA